UUCAAACCAGUUUUAUGUACAGAAGGAAUGUUGAUGAGAACACCAGUGUUAUCUGGUACACUUUCCACAAAAUGCCAAAGAAUCUAUGUUCCAGAGACCAGGCAAAAGAGAUCUUAGUUUAACAUCUAACAUAAUGAAUGAACCUUGACCAAUGCAAGACUUAUAAUGCUCCACUGUCAGCAUAGGCUGAGAGUCUAAGAACAGAAGCUGAGACCACAGCUUGUCAGUUUCUGGUUCAGGUUUGUGUUUCCAGAGUCACCUUAACCUGCAUAGAAAGCAUGGGUACUCUAUCAUCAAAUCAUGCAUGUCUCUUCAUGCUUUUGAAAAACUCUUGCCACACACAGAAUCAUUAAUAAGAUGGUCUCAUUCUGGUGACAUGUAAACUACAAGUCCCACAAUUCUCUGCAUCUGGGGAGUGGUGCAGAAAGGCUUUCAGCCUGUUCUCAUGGAGGUAACUGGGAAACGAAGAAAUAAACACACUUGCCAUGAAGUGAAAGUACCUUUUUUGCAAAAGUAAAAGGAAUCUUCUUUGACGGGGCCUGUACCAGUAAAGUUCUUUCAAUGUGAUACACUCCUUUUUGGAUGGGUAUGCAUGAAAAAGAAAAGUAAUGGAAAGAAACCAGGGCUUCUGUACAGCUUAUUCUUCAGAAAAUGUUUAGGAUGGGGUCUCUAAAAUUCUACAACUGUGAGCAAUGUGGGAAUGAUUUUGUCAGCCGCACCGCCUUGAGGUAUCAUUUCCGAGCAAAACAUCUUGGAAAAGUUCACUGUGAAAAAUGUGGUAGGGAAGUUUUGAGAGAAACACUUCAGGACCAUGAAGCGGCCAACCAUGAAAGGAUGACUGCUGAAAGACAAGGGUGUUUCUGGGACAUGCCUCCAAAGAGGGAAGCAAAAUUUGUGGCCAUAGAAAUGUCUACCUCCUGCAGGAUGUGCCCAAGGAAGUUUGGAACAAUCCACAGCAGGGAACACCAUGAGAAACAAGAUCAUCAAUUCACAGCCAGCAAAAGAGCUCAGAUGGCCACUGGAUUUUCACCUGAUAAUAUCUUGGAUUAUAAAAAUCCAACAGAACUAAAGAGAUUUGUAGAAGAAAAGCUUCGACCCGUUCCAGGCCCUGCAAGCAUUGCCUGUGCAACAGAAACUGAGGCAAUUAUUAAUUUGAUCAAGGAAUGCUUCCCAUUACCAAUAGCUCGGCUAAUCAAGGGAGGCUCGUAUAUAAAAGGAACUGAUACACAAGGCUGGUCUGAUGUUGAUAUAGUGCUAUUUAGUGAAGCCUUUGAAAAUCUAGAAGACUGCAAAAAGAAACUGCCAGAAGUUAUAGAUGAUCUUGGAAAAAGACUGAAGAAAUCUUCAUGGGCCAGCAGGAUAAUGAUGGAGAAAAGGACCCAGUCAUCCUUACGGUUUCAUUUCAAAUGCUAUAAGAAUCACCAUGGUCACUCGUUUGAUAUCAUGCCUUGCUAUGACAUGCUGGGGCCUGCACCAUCAACAGGUUUUAAACAGAGCUUUUACCACAAGAUCUAUCUCUGUAAUGACACUGAUGAAAUCCAGCUGUACUCAAUGUCCUUGCUGCAGUACCAGGUUGAGUUUAUCAAGGCAUCUACCAUGAAGGUGAAGGACCUGAUUCGUUUGGUUAAGCACUGGUUCAGGACUUCAUUUGCUAAACCAACAGCACAAAAUAAGUUUCGCAGGCUUCCUUCUUCCUAUGCUAUAGAGCUCAUCACAAUCUCCAUCUGGCAGCUGGCAGGGAAGCCGGUCUUUUUCAGCCUGAUUCAGGGAAUGAGAGCUAUCCUGAUGCUUCUGGUUAGAUACCCAGAAAUGUGCAUUGUUUGGCACAAACACUACAGCCCAAACUCUAUGAUUUUCAAAAAGGCAUUCCAGAAGCAAACCAGGCCGUUCAUUUUGGAUCCUGCAAACCCAACACUUAAUGUGUGUGAGAACAGCAACGCUUGGGAUGAAGUGGCUCAUGUGGCGAGACGGAGCCUCCUUAAGCCUCUUUUUAAUGGUGUGCAAGCGAAGGAGCCCUGGCUUUUUACAAAUGACUGGUAAAAAAUGAGAGAAAACGUUAGCCUGGUUGCAGUCCUGUCAAAUAGGUUUGCCAAUGCAUAUGACACAAGUCUGCCAAUAGGAAUAUUCCAAUAUAAAGAAAUGUAAAUAAAGAA